UAUCCACCAUUUUUCCAGCCAAAGUGAAGCCAAGGGGGAAGAGGACGCUUCGAGCCACAAGCACCCAGCCACAAGCAGCCAGCCAGCCACCUUCUCUCCAACUCCAACCCCAGCUCCUGCUCCUGCUCUCAACCUGUCCCCACCCACCCCCCUCUACAACUGUCAUCGAUUGCGCCAUCUUGCUCCAUCUCGGACCCACCCCCUUAUCUGCACACGAAAGCGCCCUUCGAUCCGUCGUCUUUGUGUGUGUGUGUGUGAGUGUGUGAGUGUGUGAGUGUGUGGCUUGGUAGAGUUCCAACGCACCAGAACCAACCAAACGGAGGCAACGAACAGCCAGCCAUGGUGAUGGAGAUGGGCUCCAUGCUCCCUCACGACAAUGGCAUGGGGCAGCAGCACCAUCAACAGCAGCAGCAGCAUCAGUACCAUCAGCAUGAGGACACACACGAUGACUUUAUGUCGCUCCCCUUUGACGGACUGGAUAUGCCAGCAGAUCCCAGCCCCCUCGAUGGAAACGACUUUCUGCACUAUGGGGACUUGAUGGAGGACGCCAUGGACCUGCCACUGCCAAGCGAGGUGCAGGCGCCCCAAAACCUGCUGCCGGACGUGGACCAUGACUACAACACGAGCCACACCUCCGCGCUCGCCACCGCACCGGGGCUGGACCUGCUGCCUCUGGCGGCCGACCGCCCCGGCAGCUCCCACAACUCCACGUCCGGGUCCUCCCCUCAGUCCCAAUACUCACACCAUACCAGCAGCAGCGGUACCGACACCACCACCGCUGCCGACGUGCACCACGGGCAGCACCACACUGACAGCGCUGUCCUCCCCACCCCCACAUUGCCCCACCAACAACAGCAUCAACAACAACAACAACAACAACAGCAGCAGCAGCAGCAAUUUCAACGACCACAUCAGCAGCAGCAGCCUUCGAAUGGCAACAUGUUGGACGUGUCCACCAACGGUUCUUCGCAGCAACAGCACCAGCAUGAAACCAACGUGUCACCUACAAGCCACCUGCCAAGCAGCCACUUUGACUUUCUCUCCAUGCCACUGGCAGCAAACACGCACCAGCCACCCCAGCAGCAGCAACAACGUCACAGCCCGACAUCGGUCACGUCUUCUUCCACCCCGCCCUUGCAGCAGCAGCAGCAGCAGCAGUUCGCCGCCGCCACCACCACCACCACCAACAGCAGUGCCAGCCCCAAUGGCGGCGGCGGUGAUGUGCAGGGCAUGAGUCGUGCAAACGCGUUGCCGUUUGCCUCAUCAGAUGAUAUCAGCGGCCACAACAUGCUGCCAAACUUCCGCCUCGUCGCACUCCAGGCCGCCGCAUACACGGUGCCGCCCACCCAGCAGCAGCAACAGCAAAGCCAGCAGCAACAACAGAGCCAAGGGCAGGUCGGCCGCAAGAGCGGGCAGCGGCGGCGGGGAGCAGCAAAGCGUAAGGCUUCCCAGGCCUCAAGCGCAGCAUCCACAGCCGUGUCCACACCAACAACAACAGCUGCUGCCACUGGUGGCCCGCUCAGCACGUCGUUCUUCCCAGAGUUCCAUCUUCCACAGCAGCAGCAAGCACCAGCGCGCCAUCAGCAGCAGCAGUACUCGCAGCAGUACACGGCAGUGGGGCCGGUGAAGCGGGAACAGGCUGUGUUGACGGAGGAGAACCCCACGAAGAAGAAGCAAGUGGCGCGGCGGAAGGCGCACAACGUUGUGGAGAAGCGAUACCGCAACAGCAUCAAUGACCGCAUUGCUGAUCUCAAGACCCUUCUUCCCCUCACAUGGAUGUCCGGCCCAACAGCAAAGACGAACAAGGCGGCCGUGUUGCAGAAGUCAAUUGACUACAUCCGCCACCUGCGCAGCGAGAACGAGCACCUUGCUGCCCUUGCUCACGCCCUCGCCGACCGCAUCGCCGCCACGGGCCAGCCGCGUCCCGUUCUCCUGGACAUGCACAAGCGCCCGCUGCAGCAGCCGCGCACCGCUGCAGCAACCGCUGCCACGCCCGCUGCUCAGCAGGCAAACGCCCACCACCAUCACCACCAUCAAACACAACAACAACAGCACCAGCCAAGCCAACAGCAACAGCAGCAGCAGGGCCGCCCUGCGCACUGCCACCACUCGCGCAGUUCGUCAUCCGGCAGCAACGGCAACCCCGAGCUGUCCGACACAGCGACGUCCCCAGACACGCGGCCACCGAGCCCAGCAGCCGCUGCCACCGCCAUGGACACCACCAAUGCCGCCACCGCAGGUGUCGAAUGCCAGAGGGCGAGCCCCGGCACCACGAGCGACGCAACGCGCCUGCUCAUGUGCGCACUCCUCGUUGUCCUCUUUGUUGUUGCACCAAGCGGUCUCAUCCCCAGAGCAUCAUCAGCAGCAGCAGCAUCGGCUUCAUCAUCUUCAUCGUCAUCAUCAGCUGUGCACGGCCACGGCCGCGUGCUUGCUGGUGCCGACGAUGUAGCCAUGGCCUCCUGCGCCAUCACCGACCAGAUUCUGUGGUGGGCGCUGCGCAUCGGCACCGUCGCCAUCAGCCUCUUUGCCAUAUUCGCAAAGGAACCAACAAGCGAAGACAAGGCGCUUGAGGUGAUGGGCGAGCGGCCUGCGGAGACGGCGACGGAGCGGAUGGUUGGUCUCGCCUGGCAGUCCCUUCGCCAGGGGCUGCAUGUCCUGCGCAUCGGGCGCUGGCUCGACCGCUACUUCACCUGCGGCCGCCCCGAGGCCGAGGCACACGCCGUCACCGCCGCACUCGCAAACUUCCACCUCCACCAGUUGUCGGCGCAGUACUCUUAUGACUCGAGCAGCGCGACAAGCAACAGCAGCCGCACCCGUACCAUCACCGCCCCCAGCGGCGGCAUGUCGGUUGCGUCUCAGAAGCAGCUGCUGUAUGCCCUCACUGCGGUCAACAGCGCAGACUCGACCUUUGACCGCAUGGACCGCCCCACCCUGGCCCGCAUCUACCUCGCCGCCGCCGUGCAGCUGCGCAUCGCCACAACCUCGGCCGUCCCUGCGCGUGUGCUCUUCAGCCGCGCCCGCGCUGUGCUGGCGGAGCUGCCAGACGCGAAGAAGGCGUCGCUGCUGUGGAUCAUGCGCACAUCGGCCCGCACGUUCUUUGAGGAGGGCGUUUGGUGCACGCAGGAGGUGCGGCAGUCGCACCGCGUGUACCGGCCGGGCAGCCUGCGCCAUCUCACCAUCCUCUACUGCAACAGCAGCCUGUACACGGCGCUGCAGAGCAUGCUGGUUGGCCAGGACAUGGAGGUGGUGCAGCAGCGCGCACAGGACGUCUACGACUGCGCCGUUCACAACGACCUCGUCCCCCAAAUGUGGUGGUCCCUCAUGCUCAAGGUGAUGCUUGCGUGGCGCACGGGCGACUAUACCGCUGCCCGCGACGCCAUUCUCGAGGCCGACGACCUCGUCCUCAAACGCGAUGUGCACCAGAACAUGAUGUAUGCUGUCAUCCGGGCUCGCCAGGCGCUUGUUGACGGCAACCACGCCCUCUGCCUGCGCGCUCUUGGUUUCGCGUCGUCGCUCCUCGCCGCCAUCAUCGACCAGCAGACCCCAAACACAUACACCCCACAGCAGCAGGCGUUGGUGGUUGUGGUUGCGUACCGCCACGUCCUCUCCACGCGCGUCGCCCUCUACCGCGUCUGCGCAUACACAGCGGCGACUGCAAGCGGCGCCUCAGUUGCGCGGGAGUUGCGCGACUUUGCGGGAAUGCAGCGGGAUUUGGUAGAGGACGUGCGUCGGCUGCAGGCCAUUGCGCAGCAUGCGGGCUCCCUCGCCGUCCCCACCGCCCUCCUCUACCGCGCACUCAUCCGCAACCUUGCCGGUGCACGCGUUGCACCGACGCACCGGCUGUUCACGCAGAGCAUCCGCGCCGCCCGCCGCCUGGGCCUCACCUUUGACGAAGGCCUCGCUCUCUUGCACAUGUGUUCUGCUCUCCGUGACUCCCUCUCCACCGCAGACAUGAAGUCAAAGCUUGAAUGCUGCGUGCACAUCUUUGAGCGCUUGGAUGCGCGUGACGAGCUCAUGUGCACACGAAAGCUGCUCAGUGGGCUGAGUGCACAGUCGACAGCGCCCCACACUGCCGCAGCCAUGGCCACAGCUGCUUGCGCAGCAUUCUGAGACGUCGUCGCUCUGUUGGCGUUUGCGUUGUUUCUCAUGUCGUUCGCGUGUUUGUUGGCUUCCGUUCCUGAUGCCCACAUGUGCUGUGGUUUGCCUUCUUUGUUCCUAAAUCAAGUGUCACGCCAAAGUCACGUUUUCCUGCUUGGGUGUCACGUUCUUCCUCCCCUCUCUUCCUACAUUUUGAUUGCCGCCUUAAAGUGCCCCCCACAGAGUCAGCUGUGCUUGUUGUCAUCGCUGUGUUGUUGAAGGUGAGGUGAGGUUGUAGUUGUGGCCUCCUUCACACGUUGUGUGUGCGUGUGUGUGCGUGCGUCUAUGUGUUUAAUCAACCAGAGAACGAUCCAACAUCGCAA